AUGAAAUUAGUGCAGUUUUAAUUAUUCGCUAAUUAACCAUGCUUUUUCAAUUUUUUUUGCUCAGUGUGUUUACAAGAUUAACAUUCGGUGAUCAGUGUAUAAUCACGACGUUUUCACAAGUGACUGAAAUAGUUCAAAAUUGCCAGAAUAUAGUGAUUAAUAAUCUUACAGUACCGGCUGGUGAAACUUUAAAGCUGAAUCUCACAGAUGGGACUAAGGUAACUUUUAAAGGACGAACCACUUUUGAGUAUUUUCCUUGGAAAGGUCCAUUAGUUACUAUAAAUGGAACAUCCGUUAUCGUAGAGGGUGAACCAGGUCACAUAUUUGAUGGCCAAGGUCAACUGUACUGGGACGGACUGGGGGACUGGGGAGUACCAAAACCCCAAUUCUUUACGGUGCAAACCUUUGGUGGUUCAGUCAUUAAAAAUAUUUAUGUUUUAAAUUCGCCCCAUGACGUUUUGCAAGUAACCAGUUCUAAUAAUGCCACUUACAGUGGCUGGUUUAUUAAUAACACAGCUGGAGAUGAGAACGUGGCUCCUGAAGGGAAAUUUGCCAAGAACACUGACGCUUUCGAUGUCUGGAAUUCUACGAAUAUAGUUAUUAAGGAUGCUUUGGUGCAUAAUCAAGAUGACUGUGUAGCCCUCAGAUGUGGAUCCAAUAUAACCAUUUACAAUCUGGAGUGCCAUGGAACUCAUGGACUGAGCAUCUCAGUAGGGUUUAGCAAUAGCUCCUUAUCAAAUAAUCCUUUGAACAUGCUUAGCAACGUACUGUUUGAAAAUAAUACUCUUUAUGAUAGUGAGAAUGUUAUUCACAUAAAAACUCAUAACGAAGGAGGUAAUGGAGAGAUCAGGAAUGUUUCUUAUAAAAAUAUUUUUGCCUCAGGAACAAAAAAAUACGGCAUUUUAAUCGAAGAAAACUAUCCAAACCAUGGAGAGCCACUAAACAAUGUCCCUAUAAGAAACCUAAAUAUAACGGAUGUCUUUGGUGAUCUUACGAAAACAGCUCAAGGAGUCUCAAUAGUUUGUGCCCAAGACGGUUGCGAAAAUUGGCACUGGAGUAAUAUAGAAUUUAAUGGAUCUAAGAGGUCUAACAGCUGCAACUUCAUCCCCCAAGGAACCGACAUUUGUAAUAAAUAAUUGAAUGGAAGAUACAUUGUUAACCUUAAUUUUAAAUAAAAAUCCUAAAACGAC